AUGUCGGUGAAGAGUGGCUCCCUGGAGAAGGACACCAGCGAUCCUGAAAUUGUCUCCGUGCACCAGCACGGUGUGUAUAGACCAGAAGUCGACACUUCGGGUGUCGAUGAGCGUCGAUUACUACGUAGGAUUGACUGGCACACCGUUCCAUGGUUGGCGCUCCUUUACCUGUUGAACUUCCUUGAUAGAGGGAAUAUAGGUAAUGCAAAGUUGUACGGGAUGACGACCGACCUACACAUAAACAAUACACAGUAUCUGAUAGCCCUCACGGUUUUUUUCUUUCCUUAUGCACUAUUUGAGCUUCCCAGCAACGUUGCUCUGAAGAAAUUGCGGCCGUCCCGAUGGCUUGCUUUUCUUAUGUUUGUAUGGGGUGUUGCAAUGACACUGCAUGGCAUUGUUGACAAUUAUGGAGGGCUUGUUGGCUUACGUAUUCUACUCGGACUUGCUGAGGCUGGACUUUAUCCUGGUAUCGUUUACUACCUCUCCUGCUGGUACAAGCGUUCGGAGCUAGGCACCCGCGUUGCAAUAUUUUUCACAUCCGCCACAAUCGCUGGCGCAUUCAGUGGCUUCUUGGCAGUGGCAAUUAAUAAAAUGGACGGCAUUGGCGAGAAACCUGGCUGGGCAUGGAUUUUCAUUCUCGAAGGUCUAUUCACCGUCUGUUGUGCUGUCGCAUCGUUGUGGAUUCUCCAAGAUUUCCCUGAUACCGCAAGAUUCCUCAACGAAACAGAGCGCGUGUGGGUCAUCAGACGACUCCAAGCGGACUCGAAAUUUAGUGCAGGAGGAGAGACUUUCAAAUUCAAAUACAUUAAACAAAGCUUGACAGACUGGAAAACUUGGCUAGCUAGAUACGAAGCGACUACUGCAAAUUUACUCUCUGUGCCGCCGUACGUUUGGUCAUGUCUCGUUACUGUUAUUGUGGGCUUUGUGGGAGACCGGACAGGGAAGAGGGCGUACAUUAACAUCACACUAUUCAGUACAGGAUUAGUGGGAUACAUCAUCCUAUUGACUUCACGUAGCCCUCCGUUAUCUUACUUCGCAGUGUUUUUGGCCGCAGCUGCUAUAUACCCAACCGUCCCGAAUUCAGUUGCCUGGGUCUCGAGCAAUGUCGAGGGAUCGUACAAACGUAGUGCUACAUUGGCCCUUGCCAUAGGAUGGGCUAAUAUCAACGGUGCCGUGACCUCGAACAUUUAUCGCUCAGAAGAUGCACCAUGGUAUCGCAUGGGUCAUGGCAUUGUGCUGGCUUACAUUGCUAUCGGCUGGAUUUGCUCCUUGGCAUUCUAUAUUAUGCUCCGACGCGAGAAUGCGCGCAGGGAUGCAGGUGAACGAGAUGAAAUUAUUGAAGGCGUCGAGAACAAACACGCCCACGAGCGAAACGGGCGUUUUGCAAGCGUAGAGGAGGCUAGAAUGGAGAAGGGCGACGAGUGGAGCGGAUUCCGAUAUUCCCUAUAA